AUGGGUUUUGCGUCUCAAAGGAAGAUGGCGGCCGUGAUCUUGUUGGCUUUGGCCAUUUUCUUGGCUUCCUGUUUCCAGCCAGCUGAGAUGAGACCGCUCAAGGAAGAGGAGGGUGGUAGUAGUGCGAAUCAUUUAUUCCUUCUCCACUCCCUGCAGAAGGGAUCGGGUCAAGGGUCGGGUCCAAAUCCCUGCACCAACGUCCCCGGUCGGAGCCCCGGAACUUGCACACGUGCUGUGAGCGCGAUGAACGUUGCCGGCGAUGUGUUCGCCAGCCGCCGGCCGCCUCACCAUCGGCCUCUUGCGGUUUCACGUCUCGCCGUCGCUGAAGUGACCGGUCGUCGGCAGGGUUCUCAGAGUUCUUGA